GAAGCGUGGAAGUGUGGUUAUGUUACUUUGUUGUUUUUCUCAUAUUGUAGGUUAAUUUUUAGCAUUUUGUUUUGUAUUUGAAACUCGAAAUGGCAUUUAAAAAUAAGAAAAAGCCAACAUUGAAAAAAUUAACACGGAAACAACAGCGCAAAGAAAUGCGAAAAGAUAAGAAAGCCAGACGUAAUGAAUUCUACUCAAAAAAGAAGAUUCCUGGUGCUCUUGUUCCAAACCCUGAAAGGACUUCCAUUCAGAAUGAAAAAUCUAAUCAAUUAAUUGAUGAAAAGCCUCCAGAACAAAAAAGAAAAUUCAGGAAUGAUGUUUCGGCAAACCAGAUAAAUGAAACAACAGUAGUACAGUCCAGGAAAAAAGAAAUGGAAAGGAUCCAAAAGGAAAUGGCGAAACAAAGAAAAAAACAACAGUUGUUGCAUAUAGAAGAAGAGGACCGGAUUAUUAAAAAAAUGGAAAAGCAGUUAGGAUUAAAAAAGAAGAAAGCAAAAUCGAUUCCAAAAUUCAUGAUGGAGGAUGGGUUCGAUUAUAUUUCAGAAGUUUUCGAUCCAGAAUUAAUGAAAAAUGCAGCGGCAGCAGAUCAUGAUAUUAAUGAAGCUAAUGAUGAUUUUGAUGAAGAUUUUGAGUUGAUGACAAAACAGUCAUCCCAACAACCUGUGAUAUCUGAUGAAGAAUACAGUGAUUUUGAUUCAGAACAAGAAAUAGAGAAGGACCAGAAGAAUGGCAAUUUCAGAGAGGAUGAUUUUUCAGAUGAGUCAGAUGAUGAGGAGUUCUUCUUAAACAGUGAUAGUGAGGAAAUUCUAGAGGAGGAGACUGUAGGUGAUGAAGUUGAAGAAAAGCCUUCGAAGUCUAAAAAAAGAAAGCAUAUCGAAAUGAAUAAAAAAAAGAAGAAACUAAAGUUGGAGUGCUCUGAUUCUGAAACUGAACAAAAAUUGGGAAAUGAUAAGAACUAUUCUGAAGAUGAUGAAGUUGAAAAAAAGCCUUUGAUAUCUAAAAAAAGAAAGCAUAUUGAAUUGAAUAAAAAAAAGAAAAAAUUGAAGUUGGAGUGCUCUGAUUCUGAAACUGAAAAAGCGGGAAGUGAUGAGAACUGUUCUGAUAUUGCUGAUGAAACUCUUAACAAUUCAGGAGAUGAUGGUUGGUCCGAUGGAGAUGAUGGGUCUGAUGAUGAUGAUGAUGGAGAAGGAGAAGUGAAGAAAGGUGUUGCUAGAACAUUUGAUGAUGGAACCUGGGAAGACAUUUAUGGUCGAAAAAGGGGUAAAGACGGAUCAGUUAUAACAAAUAACCAAUCGAAAUAUAUUCCUCCUGCGAUGAGAGAAAAACUCAACGGUGCUGAUCCAGAAGAUAAAAAGAGAAAAGAGAAACUAACUAGAUUGAAAAGACAAUUGAAAGGAUACAUAAACAGAUUAGCAGAAAGCAACAUGCACCAUAUAUCAACACAAAUAGAAGAACUGUAUAUGAAUAACAGUAGAAAUGACAUGAAUGAUACGUUGACUCUUUUGAUAAUGGAAUCUCUCGUGUCAUCUGUGAUGUCACCUGAACGGCUGUUGAUUGAACAUAUUGUUCUCAUCGCCAUACUGCAUGCUAAUGUUGGUACAGAAGUCGGGGCCCAUUUCUUGCAGUAUAUCGUGCAAAAAUUUGACGAGUUCUUCACUUCGGAACAAGAAGUGGAGAACAAAAAAUUAGAUAAUAUCGUUUGUAUAAUCGCACAACUAUACAAUUUCAAACUCUUCGAUUCCAAACUCAUCUACGAUAUUCUUAAGAAGUUUGUCGGUAAAUUCAAGGAAAAGGAUGUUGAGUGUAUUCUGCAUAUUCUGAAAAGUGUUGGAUUUACCCUGAGGAAAGAGGAUCCUUUGGCUUUGAAAAAUCUCAUUUUAGAUAUCCAGAACCAAGCUGCUAAUGUUUCAGAGGAAGAGAGGGAUAACUCUCGGGUAAAAUUUAUGCUGGACAUACUUUUGGCAAUCAAAAACAAUAAUGUCACAAAAAUACCAAACUAUGAUACAUCAUACUCAGAACAUAUGAAAAAGGUUAUGAAAGCUUUCAUCAGAAAAGGAAACUAUGUUACCCAGCUGAAUAUAUCUCUGGAAGAUCUUCUGAAUGCUAGUGAAAGGGGUAGAUGGUGGGUUGUCGGUUCAGCUUGGACUGGGAAUCAAAGUGAGGAAAAUGAAAAAUCAGAACCAGCCCCAGUUUCUGAAGGAUUUUCCGCUAAGUUAUUAGAAUUGGCGAGAAAGCAGAGGAUGAAUACUGAUACAAGAAGAAAUAUAUUCUGUAUAAUAAUGUCUGCAGAAGUCUAUAUGGAUGCUUUCGAAAAAAUUGUGAAACUGGGUUUGAGAAAUCAGCAAGACCGAGAAAUCAUAAAUGUAUUACUACAUUGCUGUCUGCAGGAGAAGAAUUAUAAUCCGUAUUACGGGGUUUUAGCUCAGAAGUUUUGCGAACUUGACAGGAAAUAUCAAAUUACAAUAAAAUAUUCCAUUUGGGAUAAACUGAAAGCAUUGUCGGAUCAUUCCGGAUCGCAAAUAUCCAAUUUAGCAAAACUGCUCAUUCACUUGUUCAUAGAGAAAGGACUGCCUAUAUCUACUUUAAAGAUUAUGCAGUUCACCGAGUUGGAUAAAAUCACCUUGCGCUUCAUGCGACAGAUUCUCCUGGGAAUACUAUUGCAUGAGGAUGCUGAAUCUUGUCUGGCUGUUUUUGCAAAAGUUGCUCAAUCAGACAAACUGAAAUUGUUCAGAGAGAGUCUUCGAUUAUUCAUUCACCACUUCCUGUUGAGGAAUCUAAAAUCCGACAAAAUACCUGAAGUUCAAAGAGAAUUGUUGGAAACUAGGGCUAAAAUGGUGGAGAAGUUAUUAGUAUCAAAAGACAGAGUUACGUAAAAAAUGAAAAGUAAAAUUUGUUACGUUGUUAAAUACUAUAAACUGUUUUACAAUUAUUCGAAA